AUGCCAGGUGGGCGACGUCGUCUAGGCUUGAAGUCGCGCAUUUCUUUCGCACCUUCUUGGUCUUAUGCUGUUUACAAGCCUUUUUCCUGUCGCGGUCGUUGCCGUGACAGAAAUAGAGAUGUGAAUCAAGUCAGCCUGGUUUCCACCGCAGCUCUAGCAGGGGGCAAUGUGCGGCUGGACGUGAUCCCAUGUUGUCUGCGUCGUAACCGUCACGACUGUGUGGCCUUCGUGACGACGAUGAACUGUUGUAUGCAAAAGUGUAGAGUACGCGAUUACAAUAAGCAAGCGCGCCGAAUGCUUGACGCUCAUGGACGUAAUAAGCCUUUCGCUGAUCAAUUGAAGCAGAAGAAGCACCUAUGCAAGUCGCAUCGUGUGUUAGUCUACAAAUGCCAGAUGAAUGAUGUGACGUUCCACUUUGAAAGCCUAUUUUACAAGUUGUUCCGGUCGCAUGUGCAUGGGAAACGUACCGCAAAACUGACAUGUAAGGACAUGACUGAGUAG